GAACUACCUAUUUUUGUUUACGUUUUUUUGACAAUUGAAGAAGGUGGUCCUACUCAAUAGAUCAGCCAUUUUAAAAUAAUAUGUUGGAAAUUUAAACAACAUUGAUUGAUAAUUCAUAAAUUUUUAUGCUUUGUUUAGGAGCUAAUAUUCCGACCGAUUGCAUGGAAAUGGAUUCUCUAAAUGAACUGACAUUGCCAUCUAUAGAUGAAUGUUGUUAUACAUCAUGUUAUUGUGAAGAGAAUGUUUGGAAAUUAUGUGAAUAUGUGAAAAAUAACCAGAACAGUUUUUUACCAGCCUGCUAUGCCGUUUUUAUUUCUAACAGAAAUCAAACGAUUCCCUUGUGGUUUCAAAAGUCCGGAAAGGAUGAAAAUUAUUUGGCUAUCUGGGAUUAUCAUGUCAUAUUCAUUUACAAUUCAUGCAAUGACAAGGGAACUUUGGUAUAUGAUUUAGACAGUAUUUUGCCAUUUCCAUCUCCUCUCGAUGAAUAUGCAACUAUGACAUUUCAGUUUGAUGCUUGUUUAAAACCCAUCUAUCAUAGAUCCUUUCGAGUGAUACCUGCAGACACAUUUUUAAAAGCUUUUGCAUCUGAUCGCUCAAGAAUGAGAAAACCAGAUGGUACAUGGAUUAAAGAUCCUCCACCCUAUCCUUGUUUAUCAACACCAGAGUCUACAAACAAUAUUGAUGAAUUCAUCAGCAUGGAUCCAUCUGUAGGUGUUGGAGAAGUCAUGAAAUUAAAUCAAUUUUUAGAGAAAUUUUUAUAAUUUUACAGGUUGUGAUAUGCAAAUUAUAUUUAUUUUAUUGUAGAUAGUGACAGAAAAUAUAUAUUUAUUUAUUACAUUUCUUUUGAAAUUAUUUAAUGCUCUUAUAGCUUUUGUCUCAUUUUUUUAUUAAAUAACCUGAUUUUCAAAUUGUUACAAAUUUAUUUGAUUUUGUGACAUAAUUUUAAUGUCUUUGAUUAAUUUUGAGCUCUAAAUUUAAACUUGAGGUUUUAAUUUUUUUUUAACAUGUGAAAAUGAAAAUAGAUUCUACAUGUAUAGAGAUCGUGUUUACUCUGCAAUUUUACAAAUAGCAUGUUUUUCAUAUAUUUAUACAAAAACUGAAAAUUCAUUCUUUGCCUACUACACUGGUAUAGUUUAAAAAAACCAGUUUAUUUUUCAAGUAAAACGAAAGUUCCAAAUAUAUAAAGAAGUAAUUAAAAUGUGUAUUAUUUUGAUUAUUUUAAUCAUUUAGAAAGAAAUGUGAAAUGCAGCAAAGAAGAUUAUGCUAAUGAACAUAAAUAAAUAGUAAUUAAAAGAAAAAUGUUUGAAAACUAAAAUUUGUUUCAGUUAUUUAAAGUUGUCAUUGAAGAUAUAAAUAAAUCUCAAACAAAAGUUUUUAAAAAUAAAGUAUUAAAAUGAAUUAAUCCUUUCCGGUAAGAUUUAAUAAUGAAAAUGUGUGCAUGAAAUAACCAUUUAAUUUUUAUUUAAAAAAACUUGUUUCAUUUUAUAAUUUUUGUUGUUACUUAUGGCACUUGUCAUAAACAAGGCCGCUGAUGAAGUUAAUGAUUUAAGCAAAGUUUGUGCAGUAGCUUCGAAGGGUAAAGACCACUCAGCACCUGACUUUAUCUCAUAUGAAAAUUAGAAGUUUGACUUUAUCUCAUAUGAAGAUGACAUUUACACACUCGCUUGCACAACCCCUUCUUACAGGGGUGCACUUUCACACACCUCACAGAUAGAACACAGGGUUAAGAACAACCAGGCCUGAAACAGGACUCGAACCUGGGAUGUCCAGAUCGCGGGGAAGACGCGCUAUCCCUAGACCAGGACGCCGGUCUUAUAAUUUUAAUAUGUUGUUCAUUAAAAUUACAUUAUUAGUAUGGAUAUUAUUAUAAUUUGUAAGUUCAUAUUCAACAUUUCUUCAAAAAGCUCUAAUGACUUCGGAUUAGCUUUUAGUUCUUCCAAAAUCAGAGCAUUUAUGCCAGGCACUCCUAUACAUUUCUGUAUUUCAGGCACAUUAUCUAUUUCCCUCCAUACUUAUGAUGGUGUCUCUUCGAUUCCAGAACAUUCACUGGAAUCAUUUAUUAGUCUCCUAGCGUAUCUUCAUUUUCUUGAUAAUAUUUCAUUUCCAUGAAUUUCAUUAUCAAUAUAUAUAUGCUUAAUCAUGCUUAAUAUAUGUAUAUAUAUAUCAGGUAAACAUAUGCUUAUUUAUUCUGAAUUUUCAGAAUCUCUCUAAUCAUUUUGAUCUUCAUAGUCUACUUUACUCUUACCCAUUACAACAUUUAUUUCACAACAUGUUUUUCCUUUAGUAAAAAUAUACAUUGACCAAACCGAUGUUCACUCUGAAUGUUUAUAUGAAUGUAAUCCCACCGACUAACAACAAUUUGAGCAUGAUUUAUAUCAAGAAAUUCUAACAGUAUACAAUAGUCAUCUAUUAUAUUAAUAUAAGUGAUAAAGAAGUACUGUUGGGUUCAGUACUGCAGAAAUUUUAAACCAAAUUUAUUAUAUUUAACAAUAACUUUAGUUGCAUGAUGAGCUUAGCUCAUCAUUGUGCUGUAUGGCAUGAAAAUUCAAUGACGAGUUAUACUCAUCAUUUUAUUGGAAGGGGUUCUGAGCAUUGAUUGGAAUUGGUAUUGAGCAUUGAUAAAAAUAAAUAUAUAAAAUAAAUAAAUAAUUCACAUCGAAUUCUUUUUGCAUAUUGAGAUUUUAUAUUGAAGCUACAAUUUUCUGAUUGCAGUAUUUCAAAUGAAUGAUGAUUAUGUCAUGAGCUUUAAUUUUUUAAUUCUCAUAAUGAUGACAAAAUUUCUGAAAAUAUCAUGGGUAUGAUGAUUGAAUGAUGAUGAAUAUGUUAAUGAUGAUUAUUUCAUAAGUUUUAGCUUUACUUUUUAAAUUUUUAUAAUGAUAGUAAUUUUUUUUCAAAAUAUCAUGAGUAUGAUUGAAUGAUGAUGAAUAUGUUGAAUGAUGAUGAAUAUGUUGAAUGAUGAUUAUAUCAUGAGUUUAAUUUUUAUAAUGAUGACAACAUUUCUCAAAAUAUUGUGGGUAAUCAUGUUAUGAUUUAUGUGAAAAUUUGAAAUAUGGGCUUCUACUCAAUUAUCUGUACUGCACUUAAUAAUAUAGAUGCAGCUUUUAUGUUAUUCUUUGUGUUAGUGAGCAAAAAAAUAAAUUUAAAAUCGGUUUCUGUGAUAACAUUAAAAUUACCAGGCUCAUAUUUAACCACUUUUUCUUGCAAGUUAUCCGAAUGAUUGUGAAACUUUAUUUGCAGAGACAUAUUUUGAAUUUCUUCUAGAACAUACUGUCACAUUCAUUACCAAUGAUGUUUUACAUAAAGUGAAAGAACAUCAUUGUAGUAAAUCAGUAUAUUUAUUUGUUCAAAUUUUUAAUUCUUGUAUUUUAUCUAUUUCCCCCAGAAUAAUUUUUGUUCACACAAUUUUGUAAAUUAUUUAUUAAAAUGUUUUGAAAUAUCAUUAUUUUAAUAUAUUUAAUAGACAUCAAAUGUUAGUUUCAAGAAAAUUUCUAAAAGAUUUCAAUUUUGUAACUUAUUGGCACUGUUGAAGAAUGUACAGUAAAAUUGUUAUCUGUAAAAGUGAAGCUUCCUUUUAUAACAUGACUUUAAUACUUGUAACUGUAUCUCUCAUGUUUUCUUGCACAUCAACAUGUUUUGUGUAAAUUCAGUAUUUUCAAUUUGAUUCAUGUUUUGAUCUUAAAUAUGUAAGUUGCAUCUUUUUUGUGUCUCAUUAUAUA